AUGGGAUUGGGCGAAUCGAAGCCAAAACUGUCUCAGUUGACAGAGAAGCCAGAAAAGUCGCAAAUCACACCUUCUGACAAAGCACGCCUCCAGCUGAAGCUUCAGCGAGACAAUGUACAGGCAGCUAUUCGCAAAUAUGAGCGCGUUGCGAGCCUGGAGCACGAGAAGGCGAAGGAAUUCAUGCGUGCAGGGAACAAGCGCAAGGCACUGUACUGUCUUAAGCGAGAGAAGGCGCAACAAUCACAGAUCUCAAUAGUGACUGACAUGCUAGACAAUGUGCAGCGCCUGAUUGAUACCGUCGAGUUUACCCAGAUUCAAGGGGAAGUGGUUGCAGCCAUGAAGGUCGGAAAGUGCGAACUAGAGAACCUUAACAAAAUGCUCAAUAUCGAUGAUAUUGAGAGACUCAUGGAUGAAGCUAGUGAAUCAAUUGAAGAGGCCAACCAGAUCAACGCUGUGCUCAGCCAGCCCCUUGCCGGGGUUCAGGAUGACGACGAGCUGCUGCUCAAGUUGGAGCAGUUCGGUGAGACACAGAAGGUCGACCAGGAACUCCCUAACCUUACUGUACCAGCUCAUUCACUUCCUCAAAAGGAAUCAGGGCUCGUGAAGAGAGAGGAGGAGGAGGAGGAGGAGGACCAAGACGCAGAUGCUCUGCAUGUUCGUCAGUAUGCUUAG